AUGGAGCCUAUUCAACUUACACAGAGCAAGUACAAGAAGACCACCGUCUCUCGCGGGCUCUCUUACCUCUACUACUAUUCGCGGGCUCAGGACGAUAAACCUACGCUCUUCUUCCUUCACGGGUAUCCCUCCACGUCUGCGGACUGGGCCGGCAUCGUCGCUGCUCUUGAACCGAAGGGCUACGGGAUCCUCAUCCCCGACAUGCUUGGCUACGGUGGCACCGAUAAACCUACGGAUCCCGCACUUUACGUCAGCUCAGGGAUUGUUCGUGACCUGAUCGACCUCCUCGCAGUCGAGGGCAUCGGCAAAUGCGUGGUCAUAGGCCAUGACUGGGGUUCGUUCUUCACCUCGCGCCUUGUGAACUCGCACGCCGACCGCUUUCUCGGGUUUGCCUUUGUGGCGAUGGGAUACUUCCCUUCGUCCCCGGACCUCAGCCUUGAAGAGAGGGGGCGACAAGUGGCAGAGAAAGUCGGUUAUAGCGUAUUCGAGUACUUUCCUCUCUUUGCUUAUCAGGAGAAGCUCAUCGAGGAACAUAUGGACUCGUUCAUGGACUUAGCCUUUCCUCAAGACGAAUGGGUGCACCGCGAUCACCUCUGCCCGCCAGGUGCUGGUCAAGCCUGGCUCGAAGCGAACACUCGCUGCGCGAGGCUCAGCAGUGCUGUCGCAAAUCCACAGUGGUUCGCCGCUCAACAGGAGCUUCUAGCCAGCAACAUGACUGCUCCGGCUUGCUACUACAAGGUGCAUUUAUCGGGGCUGGCACAGCGUGAUGAGAAAGCUGCUAUGAUCCCUCAAGAAGCAUAUUACCUGACGAAGCCGACCUUCUUUGCUGCGUGCGUCAAAGACGGACCCAACCCACCGGUCGUAGGCGACGAGACCCUGAAGCAGUAUGCCAAAGGGCCCGUCACACGCUGCGAGUACGAUACCGGACACUGGGUCGUGUUGACGCACUACGAGCAGCUGGGAAAAGACCUGUCGGCUUGGUUGAAGACCUUGUAG